AUGACACUGCCCCCAGAGCCCAAGACCGAACUCGGUCGUUACCGCAUCCUGUCCAGCACGGCCGGAGUACGUGUUGCUCCCCUUGCGUUUGGCGCAAUGUCCAUUGGACAAGCCUGGGGAUCAGAGCUGGGCUCUAUGAAUGAAGAGGACUCAUUCAAACUGUUGGACGCAUAUGUGGACGCUGGUGGAAACUUCAUUGAUACCGCCAACAAUUAUCAAAAUGAAGAGUCAGAGACAUACAUUGGCAAAUGGAUCGCAGCGCGAGGCAACCGUGACCUUUUGUUUCUGGCCACAAAAUUCACCAACUGCUACCGUACACAUGACCUCGGACAGGGAAAAACUGUCAACUACGGCGGAAACCAUAAGAAAUCUCUGAAGCUGUCUGUUGCCGACUCGCUUCGAAAGCUUCAGACAGAUUAUAUCGAUCUUCUCUAUGUGCAUUGGUGGGACUGGACCACCUCCAUUGAAGAACUGAUGGACUCUCUCCAUAUCCUCGUGGAACAGGGAAAGGUGCUCUACCUAGGUAUCUCAGAUACACCAGCUUGGGUUGUCUCUGCUGCCAACAUCUACGCAAAGAUGCACGGCAAGACCCCCUUCUCUGUUUACCAGGGCCGCUGGAAUCUCAUGGUUCGCGAUCUAGAGCGAGAUAUCAUCCCCAUGGCUCGUCACUUCGGCAUGGCCAUUUGUCCUUUUGACGUCCUCGGCGGUGGCCAACUGCAGACUGCGAAGCAGCUUGAGGCACGUACGCGAACGGGCGACAAGGGCCGUGGCAACAAUCAAAGUGAAGAGGCUCGCAAGGUUAGCGCAGCCUUGGAAAAGGUAGCAGCUGAGCACAACACCGAGAGUAUCCAGCAAAUUGCGUUGGCAUAUGUCAGGCAGAAAACAAGGAAUGUGUUUCCCAUCGUUGGUGGUCGCAAGGUCGAGCAUCUACACGAUAACAUCAAGGCCUUGAGCAUUCACUUGACGGAUAAGCAGGUCAGCUAUAUUGAGAGUAUUAAGGACUUUGAUGCCGGCUUUCCUUUGAAUUUCAUUGGCGAUGAUCCUAAGGAGACAGGUGGACAGAAGCAUAUGAUGGAGGUUCUCACUGGUGCAAAGAUCGCCUGGUAG